UCUAUACAUUUGAUAAAAGCCUGCGAUCUGACGCCUUUGAUAAAUAAAAUAUUUAGUUCAAAUUAUAGUUUAAUCUCCGAGGGCGUCGCCGGAAUUUCGUGACUGGUUCCGCCAGCGGUGACUCGGCAGCUCCGGUGGGAUCAGUAAUAUUUAUCCGGCGAGAGAUAUUAUUUUGUAGCGAAAAUGGUGAAUGCAAUGGUGGAAAGAGCUACGAGCGACAUGCUGAUCGGUCCAGAUUGGGCGAGAAAUAUCGAGAUCUGCGAUAUUUGCAAUGCCGAUCCCGCACAAGCAAAAGAUGUUGUAAAAGGUAUAAAGAAUCGCCUACGUAGCAAACGGCCCAGAGUCCAGCUCCUUGCCCUGACUCUAUUGGAGACAAUUGUUAAGAACUGUGGUGAUAUUGUCCAUAUGCUUGUGGCUGAGAGGGAGUUGCCACGUGAGAUGGUGAAAAUUGCGAAGAAGAAGCCGGAUUUUCUUGUGAAAGAGAAGAUAUUAAUAUUAAUAAAUACUUGGCAAGAAGCCUUUGGAGGACCAAGGGCAAGAUAUACCCAAUACUUUGCAGCUUAUCAAGAGUUGUUGCGCCUCGGAGCAGUUUUCCCCCGAAUUUCUGAGACAUCAAUGCCUGUUUUUGCACCGCCAUCUAACCCACAUAAUAUCGGUAAUUCUGAGUCUAGACCGCCUCCAGCUGAUUCAUCUGUUGAACCUGAAUUUCCAACAUUGAGCCCGACAGAAAUUGAAAAUGCACGCGGUAUUUUGGAUGUCCUUGCUGAAAUGCUGAACACUAUAGGCCCUGAUAACAAAGAGGAAGUAAAGCAAGAUCUCAUUAUUGAUCUGGUGAAAAAGUGCCGUACCUAUAAGCUUAGAGUUGUACAUCUUGUUAACUCAACAACGGAUGAAUCGCUAUUAUGUCAAGGACUGGCUCUAAAUGAUGAUUUGCAACGUAUUUUGGCUAAACAUGAAUCAAUUUCUUCUGGCUCUAUCCCUGUUCAAUCAGAGAACAAAAAACCCCAACCUGCUCAAGCCUUGGUCAACAUUGAUGCUCCUCUCAUUGACACUGGUGAUAAACAAUCAGAAAAGGGAUCGAUAUUCGAAAGUAAUUUAGAAGGACAGUUGCUGCUUACACUCACUGCUCCUCCAGCAACUAAUAACCAAUUGACAACUACAGCAAAAGUUGAUCUUUUGAGUGGAGAUGAUUUGAACUUGCUGACAGCAGACUCUCUGGCACUUGUUCCAUUGUCGGAGCCUCAGCCGCCGAGCCCAGUUGCAUCCCAGAAGAAUAUUCUUGCUCUGGUCGAUAUGUAUCCACAGAGUGACAUUCAAUCCUCAAAUCCCAAUAGGCAAGCCCAUUCUUCAUUGCCUCAUUUUCAGCAACAAAAUAAUGGUCAAUCUCCUCAACCGUCUCUACUCCCUAACGGAAGCGCUUCGAAUCCAUUGGUAGCUCAACAUGACCAGUUGACUUACUCGCAAGGACCUGCCUUCACAUGGAAUGGCCAAAUGAACCAGCAACAACUGCCAGACUCACCAAUAUAUGGUUCUGAAAGUAGCAGUGCUUUUCCACCUCCUCCUUGGGAAGCCCAGCUGGACAACAGCAUCUCAGCCAUUAGCCAACCUCAAGAAUCGCAAGUUACACAAGCAGCAGCCAACGGCUUCCAGCCCUUGCCUAGUGGGGCGUACAUCCCACGGCCCGAAACAGAGUCAAAUAACCCAGUGGUCAGACCAUAUAUUUAUUCAAGCCACCUCAGCAACCAGAUGAUGGGGGGCAUGCAACCCAUGGGCGUGUAUCAUCAACCAAUGCAAAUUGACCACAUGGGGUACACAUAUCCCCAACAGAUGUACAACAACCAAAUGGCCAGCUACGGAUAUGGCUAUAGCCCGGAGCAGAUGCACAAUGCCCAGUAUCUCGAACAGAAUAUGUCUGGCUUGUCACUGAGGGACAGCAGUGCAGCUUCUUACAAUGCAUCGGCACUGGCUUAUGUUCCGUCUGGAAAGCCGAUGAAGCCGGAGGACAAGCUCUUCAAAGACCUUGUUGACAUCACCAUAUACAAACCAGCAAAAGCCACAGUAGGUUGAACUAGGAGUUUGUGACACCUGCUCUGUAUCAUAAUUCCUUUUUACCCAUUUCUGGCUCAUUUUUUUGUAUUUUUAUUUGUUUGAUACGCAUUGUUUGUAUUGGCCUCCUGCAUUGACCCCAUCCCUCAUUCCCCUCUGUAUCUCUCUCUCUCUCAUACAUUAUUUUUUGUAAUGCAAGUACAAUUCGACGUUAUUAUUUGUAUAAAUCACACAUUAUUUGUUUGAA